AUGAAAAAGAGGAGACAACUACUAAAAAAUUUUAGGGUUCAGUAGCAGAAUCACUAGCCAGCUUCUAUUGUGGAUAACAACACCAGUUGCUGAUUUCUCUUCCCAGCCUAUCAACCUCCACCUUCUGAUAGCCGUGCUUCUUUCAUAAGUGAUCGUUUUAGGCUUUUAGCUCUUUCAUUGGUGAUCGCAGCAACAGCAGAAGGCACCCAAGAAAAAUUGAAGUCCACCGCAGAGAAGGAAAACGAAAGUUUCAGAACAAGUCAAUAGUUUGAAUUAUGAGCCUUCAAAUUCGUAGUGUUUCUUCUCCAUACUCCCUUUGAUUUUAUGUCGAGCGUUGGGUGAAUGAGUUCGCCAAAUUUGGCGAUUCAGGCAGCGUCCCGCAGUUUUCUGGGACACAAACUUCCCGCCUUUUGGGACGCGCGAUCUAGGUCGCGAAGUCCAUGGGAGUUAGGCGAAUUUGGUAAAUAUGGUCUAUGGACUUGCUAAAACUACCAGUUGAGGAAGUAAAAAAUUCGUAGUAGAAAUGAGUAGAUUCACUUUGGUUUGAGUAGAUGGCUGGAAAUAUGAAAUUUGAAUCCAGUUCAGCUAAUCUGGAGGAAUUGGGUUUUACAGGGAGCUAUUCAAAUGUGCAGCGGGGUAAUUAUCCUAAUGCUACUUUGGAUAGGCCUGGAAGCUUCCGGGAGGGCAGUGAGACCCGGAUGCUUGGUUCUGGACCUAGUACACCCCGGGGUAGUGCUUUAUCAGAUAUGGCAUCGCCUUCUCACUAUUUGUUGUUGGAUCCUAUUACAAUGGGAGAUCAAAAAUAUACUAGGUCAGGCGAGUUGAGGAGGGUUCUUGGGAUAUCUCUUGGGAGUGCCAUAGAAGACAAUUCUUUCGGAGCCGCUCAUUCCAAGCCUCCUCCUCCAGUGGCUACGGAGGAACUAAAGCGCUUCAAAGCAAGUGUAUCAGAGGCCACUUUGAAGGCCAGGGUUAGAAUAAAAAAGUUGAAUGAAUCCUUGCUGAAGUUGAACAAGUAUAGCGAAGCACUGAAUUGGAAGAAGCAACAACGGAAUGAAAUGUUGAUGACUGAAAGAUUGGGUGGGUCAAACUUUAUGAAGAUGGGAAUUUCGAUUCAUCGAAAUGCUUCUGAUCUUGGUACUCAAAGAUUAGAGGACAGGGCUAAGAAUAUUGUUUUGAGUAAGCGGGUUCGGUCCUCAGUAGCAGAGUUACGGGCUGAUGGCAGAAGCAAUGCAUUACCAAGGCAGCUUCUGGUCAUGGGGAAAGAUAGAGACAUGCAUAGAGAUGGUGGUGAGGCUUCUGAUUUACCUGUAGAAAAGAGCCAGAGAAUGUCUGCUGCAGGGGAAGUGUGGGACAGAAAGAUGAAAAGAAAGCGUUCUGUAGGAUCUGUUUUUGCCAGAUCAACUGAUAGUGAUGGAGAGGUUAAAAGAAUCAUGCAUCAUAAGUUUAAUAAUGAACCUGGUUUGCAGUCGAAUGAUGCCCAGGGCUUCAGCACAGGGCCUUUUAAUGGUAAUAGUGGCAUUAAUAAGUCAGACACAGGUGCAUUAUCAGCCAGUUCAAAUUCACGUUCUAUACCCAAGAAGGAAUCUGAAAAGGUUUCUUUGACAAGAGAAUCUGCAGAUGGCAUGAAUAGGGAACGACUUGUAGCAAAAGCGAAUAAUAAGUUAAAUAUACUUGAAGAUAAUCAUUUGUCUGGUUCAAGUCUAGUGAUGAAGGGAAAAGCUUCAAGAGCUCCUCGAACUGGCUCAGGAAUGGCAGCAAACUCAUCUUCUAAUUUUUCUCAUACAUCUGUAGCCCCCGAUGGCUGGGAACAAACACCAACCAUAAAUAAAGUCAGUUCAAUUGGGGGGCCUAAUAAUCGGGAGCGUUCAAUGCCCGCAGGGUCAUCCUCACCCCCAAUGGCCCAAUGGGUUGGUCAGAGGCCACAGAAAAUUUCUCGUACUAGAAGAGCAAAUGUGGUGUCUCCUGUCUCAAAUCGUGAUGAAUUGCAGAUGUCAUCAGAUGGGGGACACCCUUCUGAAUUUGCUGCUCGAUUAAAUACAACUGGGAGUAAUGGGUCACUACUUGCCAAGGAUGCAUCUAAUGGAAUUCACCUAGUUAAAGUGAAAAAUGAAAAUGUUUCAUCUCCUAGUAGAUUAUCUGAAAGUGAGGAAUCUGGUGGUGGUGCAAAUCAUGAUUGUAGACCAAAGGAGAAGGGAAUGGGAGGGGGUGGAGUAGAAGAAAUACCCCAAAACCACAACAUUGGUCCUGUAGUUCUUAUGAAGAAGAAUAAAGUACUUAAUGAAGAAAGCAGUGGUGAUGGAUUGCGGAGACAAGGUAGGAUUGGUCGAGGUGCAUCAUCUUCUAGGGCUAGCAUUUUUGCAGGGAGGGCAAAGUUGGAGAGUCCAGCUUCUACAAAACCAGCUAGAAGUACAAGGCCUGUUUCAGAUAAGAAUGGAAGCAAGUCUGGCCGUCCUCCGCUUAAGAAAAUAUCGGAUCGCAAGGCCUUUACUCGUGUGCAAACAGCAACUAGUGGUUCUCCAGAUUUCACGGGUGGAAUAGAUGACGAUCGAGAGGAAAUAGUAGAAGCUGCAAAUUUUGCUUGCAAUGCUAGCUAUCUUUCCUGUCCCAAUUCAUUUUGGAAGAACAUGGAGCUAGUUUUUGCUUCCAUCUGCAAAGAGGAUUCAUCCUACUUGAAGCAACAGUUGAAAUCAGCAAAGGACCUUCAUGAAAGCUUAUUUGAGAUUUUCGGCCAUGGAAAUAAUACGCUGGGUGAUCUUGUGCAUCAAGAAGAUUUUCAGUCUCAACUCAUUUAUGAAGAAAGUGAGAAAAGCUGGCAAAAAAAGCUGAUGACUGUAAGUUUGGCUCACCAAGGUAUGGACAAUGGAACAUCAUGUGGAAACGUGGAAGAAAGAAAUCAACCUACUCCAUUGUACCAAAGAGUAUUGUCUGCUCUAAUUAUGGAAGAUGAGUAUGAAGAAAUUGAAGAAAACAAUGAAGGGAGAAAUAUGUCUUUUCAAAAUGGAAGAGAUAGGUCACCCAGUGAUGCUUGCCUUCCUAUUGAUUUUGGGCCUAGGAGCAGUGAUAGAAGGGAAUUUGAAUAUUUUCGAUCUAAUAAACCAUUUCCUUGUAAUGGAAGUGCUAAUAUUAAUGGGGCCACUAGUUUUCACAUUCAAUCAUGUAACGACGAUUCAUCCCAAGAAGUUCAGGGAUUUCUGCAGUCAAAGGUUGGGUUGUUCCCUGCGCAUUCAGGAAAUAAUGAGAGGAAGCUAGCUGCACAAGCAAAUGCUUCUGGCAUUUCUGCUUUGGAUUGUGACUGUGUCCAGACUUUGGAGGGGAGACUCUUGAUGGAACUUCAGAGUAUCGGCCUAUAUCCAGAAAUAGUGCCUGAUCUGGCAGAUGGAGAGGAAGAAGCAUUAAAUCAAGAUAUCAUUGAACUACAGAAAAGACUUCAUCAGCAGAUGGGUAAAAAGAAGGGACACUUGAGCAAGUUAAUCAAAGCAGUCGAGGAAAGCAAGGAAGUGGAAGGAGGGGGCUUUGAGCAGGUUGCAAUGAACAGGCUUGUUGAGUUGGCUUACAAAAAGCUGCUGGCCACUCGAGGAAGUCUUGCUUCAAAAUUUGGUGUUCCUAAAGUUUCAAAACAAGUUGCUCAUGCUUUUAUGAAGAAAACUCUUGCCAGAUGUAGGAAGUUCAAAGAUACUGGCAAAACUUGCUUCAAUGACCCUGCACUGCGUGACAUCAUUUUGGCUGCAUCUCCUCGUGGAAAUCACACAGAACCUGGUGGUGGCUUUGGCUCGGCAGUUAAAUCAAAUAUGCCUCAUGGAGCUUCCAACUUUCAACAUGACCCUGGUGCUUCAGGGUUUGAACCUGUAACCAGCGUUGUAGAAUUCUUGUUCAUUCACGUGAACUUGAUUUUUGCCAAAACAGGACUAUUGUUAAACAGAGGGAAGAAGAAGGAACUGCUACUUGAUGAUGUUGGUGGUAAUACUUCCUUGAGAGCCACCUUUUCUCUCAGUAAUGCACCGCGGGCUGGAACCAAGGGAAAGAGAAGUGAUAGAGAAAGAGACAAGGAUACAUUAGCCAAAAGUUCUGUCAUUAAAGCUGGCCGUGCAUUACAAGCCAAUGUUAAAGGUGACCGCAAAACAAAAUCAAAGCCCAAGCAGAAGACUGCGCAGCUGUCAACUUCAGGAGAUGGAACUGAUAACAAGUUCAAGGAAGCAAGCAGCAGUAAGAAACGAGAAGUUGGCUUGAAUUCCUAUAGUUACAACCGGGGAACUACAGAUAUUACAGACUUGCAGGAUUUAUCUUUAGAACUAGGCAUAACCAGUGAUAUUGGUGGCCAUCAAGAUCUGAGCAAUUUAUUCAACUUUGACGAGGAUGGUCUGCCAGAAAAUGACUUAAUGGGUCUUGAUUUACCUCUGGAUGGUCUCGAAAUACCUAUGGAUGACCUUUCAGAGUUAAAUAUGCUACUAUGAAGGCAGUAUAGUGUAAAUUUCCAUGGAUUAGCCGAUUAGGAUGAGAUUAUGGUGCUGUUGCUUGGGACCAAUCUGCUUAUAUAAUUUAUGUCCCUUGCAAACUUGCACUUGUAAUUAUUAUCAUUCUUUUUGCAUACUUCUCUGAAAAGUUAAAGAGAAGGAAAGAAAUUUUGUUUGUUGGCUAGACAGAUUCUGUUGUAACAAAUUACAUUUUUCUUAGAGCCUUCUAGAUUGAUAUUUUAUUUCCCUAAUUUUAGGGGUCCCUGAAAUUUCCAAAUGCUGUAUUUGUAAAUCAAUUACUGAUGUAGGCUGCAACUUAUGUUGUCAAUAAUCUUACAGCAUCUUUCCUCACAUCUGUUACGUACUCUAAUGCAGAGUUUCAAUUUAAGCUUUCUUUCUACCUC